AUGGAUCUGGAACAAAACCUUCCGCAGACCUUAGUGGAGCAACUUAACGAUGAAACAAAUAUUGAGUUGUUCCGGACGUAUUUCGAGACCAAUGGAACGGUCUAUUCGCGCGAGGUGGCCACCACGAGCUUCCUAUACGACAAACAGAGUUCUGAGCUCGUUUACGGGCGUGGCCAGCAAGCGACACAGAAUGCCAUCAAAUGUUACGUGCGCGAAGAUUCCAUCGGCGUCAACCCAGAAUCCUGCACGUGGGAAAACGAGGGUAAAAGCAAGUUUUGGGGCCAUGGGGGUGGCAUCGAACGCAACAUCCUCCCCCUGCUCGAAGCCAUUCCUACGGACAACGGACUAGGCCUGUUGAAGGGUGCCUUGACGGUGAUCUUCCAUGCGGUCAAGAGGAGGUCGGACGCAUGCCAGCGAAUAUUUACCUGCUUCUCCGAAAUCCCGGAGAUGAUCGCAAAGGGCUACACUUUAACCAUAAUCCACUCUGGCAAGCCUGAGGUUGCAAGCAAGGUAGAGAACCUUCACAAUGCACUCUUCGACUCCAUACCUUUGCUCAUCGACAUUCUCCUACGACGAAACCGGACCUCUGGUGGCCAAUCGGACCGACGGAGACGCUGGAAGCGAGCCACAGACAAGGUUGUCAGGGUAGCUAAGGACUUGGUCGGGGACACCGUCCAAGAGGUGGAAGACUUGAUCGCCCCAAUAACAGACGCUGUCUCCAAGCUCGAAGAUUGCGCUACCAUGCUUAACCACGAAGGAGUGGAGGUGACGGUCGAAGGGGUGGCCGACCUACAAGUCAACGUCCAGCUCAUCAGGGACAUGGUCAAGUCCAAGGGUACAGAGGUCAGCGGCAAGCUCGACAUGGUCAACAAAAAGGUGAAUGAUAUAAAGUCACGCCAAGACCGUAUGUCGGAAGAUUUUCGCUCCUUCGUCAAUGUACUAUUCCGGUUUGUCAUGGAAUUCGAAAGGAAGAGAAAGCUCGAAAGUUUGUCUUUAGCCCCGGGCCAGGGAGCAGAUGGACGAGCACUCAAGCAUCGCCGGCGCGAGUUCCCAGGCUCCCGAAGGCAGUUAAAGCAGUUUCAACCGGCAGGCAAGCGUCUCCAUGAUGUCGACAUAGACCGCCUGCUCGAGGUUAUCGGCACAGACGACGAGCACCUGGUCUUCCACAACGACAGGGACCGUCUGAUGCGCAUGCAAACCUUGUUUUUACCCAAAGCCUUGAGGAACGCAUACCACAUUAUGGAGAGCAAGGAGCUAGGGAUCUGGAUGUCUUCGCCGGAGUCAGAGCUCAUGAUUGUGGACGGCGCCUGUCGAGAUCAGAGCAGGGGCAGGGUCUCGCCGAUGACGGUGCUCUGCGCCUCGAUCGCGGUAGGGCUGGCCGCCAAAACCGCCUCCCCCAAUCCUGGGAUGGAGCCGGCCGAGGCUGUCGUGCUAUUCUUCGCGUGCGGUGAGCACAUAUUGCCGUCCGGGCUGCUCCCGGGACCCUGUGGGAUGAUGCGCAGUCUGAUCAGCCAGCUGCUCAUCGCCCGCGACCUACCGUGGAACCCGAGCCGGGACUCCAAGGGUCGCGUGCGCUACGAGCGCCACCCCGAUCUCUCGUUCCUGGCUGAAUCGGCCACUCUAUGGCCAGAAGUCCUCAGGCACAGCCCCACCAGUUCCAGCUCCGACUUCACUGCCGGUGGCUCCCAUGGUCUCCAAGUGUCGCCCUUCGGCCGUGACAAGAAACGCCGCCGCCACGACGACACCGAGGACUCCCAUAGCGACCUCAGCUCCAAGUCCGACUCCGACUCCGACUCCGACUCCCACAGCGACUCAGACUCCGACUACGACUACACAACCGGCACCUACAAGCCCGAUCCCCAGCACAAACCCCAUUCCCACCCUAAGGCAACCCCCGGCCCGAACCCCCAAGUUCAACAAACCCACCACCUCGACACCCUCCUCACAAUUUUCACCACCCUCACCCACCAACUCGCCCCCCACUUCACCCUCCACACCAUCAUCGACGGCAUCUCCCACUACGAAACCACCACCACCACUGACAACCAAAACUGGCACGCCCAAACCACCCACCUCCUCCACCGCCUCGCCACCGACCUCUGGCUUGACACAAACGGCCGCAACGGCCCGACAUUCAAACUGCUCCUGACGAGCCCCGGGCGGUCUCGCACGCUACUGGGCUUAGUGAGGGAUAAUUAUGUGGGUGACGGAGCGUUGUGUGUAGAUAUGGCUGUGCGGGGGGCGGGGGCGGUGAGGACGAGGGGGGAGUAUAUGGGGAUUAGGGGGUUGGGUGUUGAGCGGGUGGUGGGGGGUGGGAGGCCGCGGUCGAGUGGGGGGAGCUGGGAGGGGAGUGGAGGGAGGAGGCGUGAGGGGGUGAGGCGGGAGGUGAGGUUGUGA